GCUUCCCUGGCCACCAGCAGCAUCCAUCGCUCAUCGCUUGGACCCUUCGUCAUCCAUCCCCCCAUGAGUCCAUCAAGAGUGACCAUCAUCCGAUUCUUUACACUUGGUCUUCUUUUUCCUUUUCUUUUUUUUUCUUUUUCUUUUUCUCCUUCCCGCUCAUACAGUUUAGUCACCCUCGAGCCCGCUACUGCUCCCUUCACCCCUCAAAACUUGUAGUAACCAACAACCACCCCUUGCAUACUACUGCUACUACUACUCCCCAUCCACACUCGUUUCAGCUAUAAUCAGCACUCCACUCUCUCCCUUCCCCCCAUCCCCACUCCCACACUCCAACCCAUAUACAAACCACUCAUCUCUUUCUUCUUCUCCUUAUCAGCCUAUCCUACCAAUCACCACCAUCAGCAUGCCAGCCUUCCUCCAUCACAAACCACCAGUGAUCAGCCGACUGGCCUGCUCAUUCCUACUCCUAUCAAUCAUCCUAUCUGCUGUCACCCCACUCGACCCAUACCCCAGCACCGAUUCUCUAACCCGGCUCCUCAGGCGCCAGUUACCAAAUCAAACCGGAAGCACUCCCUUUCCAGCUGGACUCCUCGACCCAACCGGCAACAAUCGCAGCUGGGAUCCCACCAAGACCAGCCCAAGCACCCCUACCUCCCCAUCACCCGCCGACCCAGCUGCACCACCUUCCUCACCAUCACCCGCCCCUUCCCCUCAGCCCAAUCCACCCAAGGAUCCAACAAGCUCCAACAACAACCAACCCAAGGAUCCUUCCCUCAGCGAUCCUCUCCUACCCGGCCUACUCGGUUCGCCUCCCCCCUCACCCGCCUCACCUGCCGCAUCCUCCACCCCCUCACCUCCUCCGAACAACUCCACCCGCCCACUCACUCCUUCUAGUCCUGCCCCCAAUCAGCCUACCAGCAACUCAACAUCUCCACUCUCUCCAGCCCCCGUCGCAUCCGCCGCCCCCGCCCCUACCAACAAAGGACAGUCACCUACAUCCUCCGAUCCCGCAGCCGCUGCAGCUGCCUCACCAAGCUCCAGUGCACAGCCUGACCCUAACAGGACUCCCAAAACACCGCCCCAUAAAUCAGAUGACAGCAGUAGUGGUUUCGGUUCCACUACCAUCAAGCUUAUGGCUAUCAUUGCCGGCUGUGUCGCUGGACUGUUCUUGCUCUGGACUAUCAUCAGAAAGUGGAAGUUCCGGCCUAGCAAGCGAUUCGCCAAGAAGCUAGAUGAGUACGACGAGGACGUCUUUGCACCCCGCCCGCCAUCGUUCGGUGAGAAAAGAGCAAACGAUUACCAGGCUUACUCGAUCCCCACAGCACCUAACCCCGGGCCUGCCCUGAACUCGCAUUACCCUUCAUACCUGCCCGAGCGAAGCGGCACACCUCACAGCGCUAUGAGUCCACAGAAGGCACCCUACGGAAAUGAUCUACACGGCUCCCAACCUUACCAGGCUCAUCGAAUCUCACAUGCCUCUAUAACUCAGCCGCCAGCCAUGUUCGAGCCCAACCCGUACCGGCUAUCGCUAGGUCUUGGCAAUAUCACCCACGCAUAUCCGCCCUCGGAUCAGCACAAACCAACAGUCAUGUGAAACUCUCGAGCUAUCUUUCUUCUUAAUCAUCUCUUGAAAGAAAACUCUUGUCUGUCAAACCCAAGAGUGGCUCAUCCAAGGUGGCCUGUGGGAUGUCCUGUGUUUCCUCUUCUCCCUCUUCUUCCUUGCUUGAGAUGUCUCACAUUUUUUAAAACCAUUUAAGACUCUAACUACUUACUUGCACGUUUGACACGGCCGUCUCGCAUUCCCCUCACUUUUUUUUGGCCGGCACUCCGUUGGCUCGGCUUCUCAGUCCGGUCUACAGAAGCUUCACUCCUUGUCACAGUCACUCGGUCCCGUUCAUUGCGCCAGCUUCCUCCUCCCCCUUUUUUUUUCUUCUUUUGUACAUCUGUCUAACCCUUCUGCAUCGCUUUCGAAAGCUGCAUCUUCGUUUGUUUGUGUUGUGUGUGUGUGUUUGUUUUUGUGUCGGACUAACUAUGCAUAUUACCGGCUUAACAGCCUCUGCCCACGCCCGUAAAAAGAAUCUACCCGUCUAGCUUCACACUGUCUUUCUGUCACUUGAAGAGGAGUUGCCCUAGUAGAGUUCCUUGACUGUUUCCCCAGAGUACCCGGUCGGCUCGGCCAGUCCAUAGUCUUUCUGUCUCUUCCAGAAACAUUCAUACCUGCCCCCCCCCCCCUAACUUGUAUUACUAGAGUUGAUUACCGGUCUUUUCUCAGUAGUUCUUCCAGACUUGACCAAGUUUUUUGUUUUCAUUUGUUUUUUGCUUUUGCUUUUGCUUUUGGGCCCGAUCAAAAGGGGGUUUCAACAACAACAAGUCUCACCCCAUUAUUUUCUCACUUAAAAAUUUAAAUUAAUAUCUUUUUCAUUGCAAUAUCCAUUUAUACAACCCU